GCGUGGCUCACAGUGCUGUGUAGUUUACUUCAGGACGGGAACAGUUCUGCUGAACGGACACGGUGCGGAACCGUGCAGAGAAACGAACAACGACAACAAGACACGCUGCAUGGAGUGACACGAGAAGGAUAAAAGAGUGUCCACGACCUCAAACAUACCUGGUGUAUGUUCACACUUCAUUUUUUUUUUUAUUCCGGGGGGUUUCUUUUUCGGUAGUUUGUGAGCGUCAUGUCCCAAAGAGUUCGUAAAAACGGCUCGCCGACGUCCAACUGCAGCUCGGUGAGCGGCGGAAGUUCGAGCGGAGCCUCGGGUCUCAGCGCCGGGGUAAAUUUACUCAGCCGCCUGCUGCCCAUGAAAGCCACCGUGCCGUUUCAGCUCAAAGCACAGCCACAGCCCCCCCUAGCGACCAGGAUGGCACUGUCUAACGGCGGCGGAGGAAAUAGCGCUAACGUUAAAUGUUGCAGCGGCGGAUGCGACGCAGCCGGAAGCCGUCUGUGCGCUCCUGCUCGCGCCGCGACCUCAUCCUCUUCUUCUUCCUCCUCCGCCGCUCUGAGCCCGUCCGCAUCUCCUACGUGUACCUCUUCCUCGGCACUCAGAAGUAGUUCUCCCGUGUCUCCUCACGCGCAGUGCCCGCAGGUCAGUGUGGCAUCAGCUCAUGCCAGCGUGCCUUCCUCCUUUUCUGUGCCCUGCCACAGCGGCUCUCACUCUCCCUCCCUGCUGCUCAGCUCUCUGACGGACAAUUUGGUGCUGACAGCUGGCUCACAUCCUUCAGGGCCAGCUUCUUCCUCCUGUACGCCCUCUUCCUCUUCCUCAUCUUCCUCUUCAGCAUCUUGUGGGCACAGGGGCAAAGCCCUGGCAUCUUCACAGCAGGGCUCACCUGAAAAUGACAGACUGUCACCUGAGAGGAUAAGCCCGAGCUCACCUGUGCACAAAGAGAGGUGCAGAGUUUCACUGGCUGGUCCAGUGGGCAGCAGCACUAGCAGCAACAGCAGCGCCAGUAUCCGCCGGACUUCCUCCCUGGACGCCCUGACUGGCCCCUAUCUGUCAGGCCACUGGCCCCGUGAUGCCACUCAUGCCCCCUGCGUACCCUGCAUGAGAGACAAAGCCACCCAGACCCCCAGUGCCUGGGCAGAUGAAAGCGAAGACAAGAGGAGGAGCUCUCACCAACGCUCGGCGUCCUGGGGCAGCACUGACCAGCUUAAAGAGAUUGCUAAGUUGAGGCAGCAGCUUCAGCGCAGUAAGCACAUCAGUCGGCACCAUCGCGAUAAGGAGCGCAAAUCCCCCUUCAACGGCAACCAUGCCGCCAUUAACCAAUCACAGGCUCCCAUCCCAAAGAGCGUCCUGAUCCCCAUCCCCAUCUCCAAAUCUUCUGUCUCGCGCUUCCGCAACAGCGUCGAGGGCCUCAACCAGGAGAUCGAGCGCAUCAUUAUCCGAGACUCAGGAGACAAAGACGAACAGUUUAUUCCUCAGGAUGCCCCUGAUGGGCACCGUGCUCCUCCUCCACUGUGCCAGCGCAGCGCCAGCUCCCGCAGCAUUGACACACAAACGCCCUCGAGCAUCACUGUGGGCAGCAGCCAUAGCAACGGCAGCAGCCGGUCCCAGUCUGUUUCGCCUACCUUCCUGAGCGUGCCCAAUGAACCCUGCAGUGACAGCCCCUCUCCCAAUGAGGAAACACUCAGUGACUGCCGUGAUAAAGAUCUGACUCCUGGAUCUCCUCUGCCCAAGUACGCAUCUUCCCCCAAGCCCAACAACAGCUACAUGUUCAAACGUGAGCCUCCUGAGGGCUGCGAGCGUGUCAAGGUCUUCACUGAGGAAACACAGGCCAAACCUCCGCGUGAGAUCCCGCAGUUCCUGUGCCCAGACAGAAACAAGGUCAACUUCAUCCCCAACAGCGGCUCUGCAUUCUGCCUGGUCAGCAUUCUCAAACCACACAGCCUGAUGAGUGUCCCCUCUGAGGCCGAACAGAGAGUGUCCCGCGGCACCAGCACCCUGUCCCAGUAGCCUUCCUCCUCCUCUUCCUCUUUCUCCUCCUCAUCCUGCCUCGCACCACAUGUAGGAGACACAGAGAGCUUGAUAUGCAAUCAAUCAACCAAUCAAGUUUCCUGGCAAUCCUGUCCCCUCCCCAAAAAACUAAGCACAGCACACAUUACAAAUCAAACUAAAGCGAAGUCAAGCAACAAAAGAAAAGAAAAUGUAGGGCUCUAUUUUGGUAACACUGCUUAUAUUUGAUAAGAUAAUGACAUUUGCUAUGCAGCUUUUUAGGUCAGUACUUGUACUACUUAAGGACCAGGAGGACACGUUUUGUGAGGGUUUGUGAUAAGCAUAGAUAUAUUUUUAUUGUUCCUAUACCUUUGAUAGAUAUGAGUGAGUGGAGACGUGUGGAUGAAUAUUUUGUAUCUCUUAUAGGACACGCGCAAAGAGAGCAUCUGCUCACGUUUAUCGCUCUUCAUUAUUCACUCUGAGUGUGAGGCUUUAGAGACUGAGAAAAUGUACCGUUUUCUACUAGCUUGCAGUGUAUCUCUUUUAGAGAACUGGAUCCCCCCCCCCAUAGAGUUAGAACACUUCAUCAUUGAAUCCAAAUGAUAUCUGAAAAUUGUGGAUGAUCCGACAAGACCAAGAGACCUGGUACGUAGAAGCUGGGUUGAUGAAGGCCUCUGUCUUAGUGAGUGUUUUUUUGGCCUGCGCCCCUCUGUGUGUUUGGACCAUGAGGCGGACAGCAGGAGAGACUAAUAUCAGACUGGCUGAACUCCACUGGCCUUGUACACCCCCCACCCACCCAUCCUCCUCCUCCCUCCCUCCCUCCCUGUCCUCAGUGCAGAGAAGAAAAGAAAAGAGCGAGUGCGUUCUACGCUUCAUGUGUGACGCUCUCUGAUUCGGCGUUGAAGACUGGCAGGCGACAGCAGCACAAGAGCCCAGCAAACGGCAUGCUUUUGUUCGUGUGGCCGUAGAGCGCAUUUCUAAUGAAUCCGGGUCCAAACGCUGAACUUCAAACACAUCAGGGAACAAAGAGUGUGUGAGAGAGCGAGAGAAAAGAAGAGAGAUGCAAUGCUGAGGGCAUGAUGAAUUAAGUGUGUGUGUGUGUGUGUGUGUGUGUUCUCUCUUCUCUCACUCACUGACUGAUAAGGAUGAGGCUGUUGAAUCGAGGGCGAUGUGACACUGAGUGAGAAAAUCUCAAGUCUGAAAUUGCAUCAAAUAUGUCUUUCAUAUCACAGGACUUUUAAACUGUAUUUAAUUAACAGUUUGAAUAUGAUUGAACUGUACAGGAUGUUCACUGUCAAAUCACAAUUUAUUCCAAUAAUUUAGUCCAAAAAGCUGUUUUAUAUCAAAGAUGCUUCAUGUGGAUCAUAUGAACUUACAAGUGCACCGGAAAUGUCCGACACGUUGUGUUUAGAAAGGUACCGGUCCUACCUUCAGUGCACAAUUCACACUGCUGCAUGCAAUCUACCAGCUUACAAUUUUCAUGUCUCUCAGAUGUGAUGAAAAACAAACCAAUCUGAAACUUGUAAAAUCGAAAUCAUUCCCAGUCGCUGGCUGCUUUUUGGGCCACGUCUCUUUUCCUCAGUGUCACAGAGCUGACUGUAAUAAUAAACACUGCUUUGCCAAGUGUCUGUCAUUCAUGUUCUCAUAUAUGCUGUAGGCAUUUUAUUUUGUAUUGUGUUUAAUGUUAACAAUGUCACUGUUGUAAUCAACUAUUGGCUGAAAGGCAAUAAGAACAGGCUGUUAUGAUCACUCUGUAAUCCUGUCCAAAGAAAAUGGCUGCUGUCGAAGCCAGGAAGAAGAGUGAGGCGGCAUAAAACCAUGAUUUAGAGACGGUUUACUGUUCCACAGUAUCGAUUAAAAAAAAAAAAAUCAUCAGGCUCAAACCUGUGUAAAGUUCUAAUAAAGACCAAAGCCGUAGAGUGCCUGCUUCAGUACAUCACGCUAGUGGCUUGGUUUCUGACCUUCACUUGUUCCCUUGUUUAUUGAGCAGGCCUGGGUUUGGGCUCAAGCUCUUGGGUGGAGCCCAACACACUUCUGUAGUAUUGGGGUCCGUUUUUGUUUUGUUUUGUUUUUUGUUCACAACUGUUAAGGUAUUAUUUUGUGCUUUAAAUAAAAGAAAUAAUGAACUUGAAAGAAAAA